UGCAGUGAUCUUUAAUAGGAAUACUGUGCCGCAGCUAAUUUCUUUACCUACUAAGUCAGGAGUCAUCUGUCUUCCAACGACGGCACCGUCAUAAGUUCCAGUGUCAUAACUGACGUGGCCCGAAUCCCCAACUAUAUAUAAGUGGACGGUAUUGUCCACGGCAUUGGGAUAUGACUUUCACCAGCGACAUUCCAUUGGAUCCCAGCCUCUACAGGCUGGACCCCGCCGCACUCGAGUUUUUCCAGCAACAAACAGGCAUUACCGAAGAGGACGACCUGAAGCACCACAUCCUCGCUGUUCAAAAAAGGGUUUUCGCGGCGGCAUCGUACCCCUGUAUUUACAACUUCGGAUUCACAAGUCUCAGAAUUUCGAGACACCCGAAGUACCAAAGCGUGCUUCAGCUAGGUCGUGAUCACAGAAAUCCAUUGCUCUUGGAUCUUGGGUGUUGCUUUGGCAAUGAUGCACGCAAGGCAGUCGCAGAUGGCUGGCCAAUCAUCCGAAUCGUCUCUACCGAUCUCAGACGAGAAUUUUGGGAUCUCGGACAUGUCCUUUUCCGGUCUACGCCGACAUCUUUUCCCUCACACUUCAUUGCGGGUGACUGUCUAGAUCCAGCUUUCUUAUCAUCCGAGUCUGUGCAUACGUCACGGUCACCACCUGACUUGUCAUCGCUCGUCUCACUGAAUGACUUGCAUGGCAAGCUUACUGCCAUCCAUGCAUCAUCCAUAUUUCACUUGUUUUCUGCAGAGCAACAGGCAUCACUCGUCCGUGCUGUAGCUGCUUUGCUGUCUCCUGCGUCAGGAAGCAUUGUAUUUGGCUCUCAUGUCGGACUCCCGAAGCAGGGUACCAUACGGGAGGAAGUGUUUGGUAUGACGGUGGAUAUGUAUUGUUAUGAUCCUGAAAGCUGGAAUAAGCUCUGGGAAGCUGCAGGUCCCUUCAAGACGGAGGCAGUCUUGAAAGAGGUAACAACUCCAAAUGGCGAGAUUGGGUGGAAAAUGGUAUGGAGUGCAACGAUGACCACCAAAUCCUAGAUCUUGGUGUAUGACGAAUACGUAUCACGUGGGCACUAGGAAAAUGCUGCGCCACUGCUGCGACUGCUGCGUGGUAUCUGCCGCGACGUUUCAAAUUUAUGCUAAGCAGCAAAUUUGACUCACAACAUUUACUUAAGUUGUUGCUUGCCACAUACUCUGGACUCUGCAUCAUUAAUAUAGAGUCACUUGGUUAUUGCUGAGUCUCUUGCUGCUUUAUGAACUUCUUCGUUAGUAUCACUUUGAAAUCUUAAUGUCCUGGCACAUGUCUUCAUCUGUGUCACUGAAGUAUUGAAUAUUGAUCUA